AUGGGUCGACGCAAAUCAAAGUUACCUUUAGAGCUAAUACCGAACGAAAGUUCGCGCAAGGUUACUUUUCGAAAGAGAAGAAAUGGAUUGUUGAAGAAGGCAGGUGAUUUGAAAACACUUUGUGAUGUGAAGGUGUGUACUAUCGUUUACGAGAAGAAAUCCAAGGGAAAACUGAGCACAGCAGCAACUUUUCCUAAGGAAUUUAAAGAUGUCAAGGAAAUAAUUGAUAAGUACAAAUCGAAUUCAUCGAAAGUAAAGAGAGUUCAAAGUUUGGGUGACUUCUAUGCCACGCAAACGGUUCAAGUGAAGAAAGAGAUUGGGAAACUGCGUAGUAAGAUUUGUGAAGAGAAGUAUCCUGCAUGGGAUGAUCGUUUCAAUGCGUUUUCAGCAGAGCAAAUGCUUGACCUUUUGAGAAAUUUGGAGAACAAAAUUGUAGCUGCUCAUGAGAUGCAUAGCACGAUGAAGGAAUCAAAGCAAAUUGUUGUGCAAGAGAUUAUACCACCAAUGGUGAGUGCCUCUAAUUGCCAUUUGUAUUUCUUUAGGUAUUUUUCGACGAAUUUCUGUUUUUUCUUUUUUUUCUUUUUUUUUUGUGCUUAGGGCAUCAUCUGAUGCAUGUUUAGGAUUCGAUUGAAUUUAAUUUAUGUAUUUAUUAAAUUUAAUGUAUGCAUUGUUUUUAAUUUUGUAUGAGUUCAAGGUAUAAGAUGGAUUAGCCACAAAGGAAAUUAAUCAUCCUACCAAUUGCGUGUACAUUGGAAGGGUUUCAUGACUAAUCCACCUUCGACCUACAACUUACACAAAUUUUGAAAGUUGACAUCCAUUUAUCCGUGCAAUGUCAUACGUUUAAAUCUACUGUUAUCAAAUCCAAACCCAUCUAAUCCUUGGCACCAUCAAUAAUGUGCAGGCCAUGUUUCAAAGCAACCAAGAGUAUUCCCAGAUGCUUGGAUUAUCUGAUCAAAAACCCAGUUAUUGUUCAAUGAUGAUGAAUGAUGAUUGGACUCAAUUUG